ACCCCUCGGAGAAGACCAUUUUGUGUCAUGUUGACGAUGAAGGAGACGGCGACGACGGUGGUUAGGAGCUGCUGGCAACCAAAUAUGGAAUUUGCAGGUCCCCCCUAAAGUUAAAAUUUUCUGCUGGCAACUUGUUUCGUCUGUUUUACCCACACGUGAUGCGCUGCUGUCUAAACAUGUUCCAUGCAAUUUGUACUGCCAUAUGUGUGAACAAGAGCUGGAGACCGCAACUCAUUUGUUUGUGGACUGCCCGGUUGCUGCUGCUGUUUGGACACGUAUGGGGCUGCCACCAGUGAGUAAUCAAGUAGGAAUGACAAAGUAUGGAAGGGAAUUUCAUUCUCUAGCUCUAAUGUCACGAACAUGGCUCUAUCCUUCCUUAAGAACUGGAGAGGUGCAAACAUGCUGAAUGUGGGGAGAACUGAUGAUGCACAUGCAUUGUGUAGGUGGAAAUUACCAUCCCUUGGUCGAGUGAAGCUAAAUACUGACGCCGCUCUUGAUGUGGAAAAUAACGUGAUGGGACUAGGAUGGGUGUUACGGGAUGAUGGUGGAAGAUUUUUGGCUGCGAAAGGGUUAAGGGUGGAGGGUACGUAUGAGGUUAAAGUUGCAGAGGCGAUAUGUGUCAGGGAAGCCCUCAGUUGGUUGAAGGGGACAGGCAUGGGAGACGUGGAUGUUGAAAUGGACUCACAAUUGGUUUAUUAUGCUUUAUGUUCUAGUUCUUUUAAUUCUGCUUUUGGUUUUAUUGUUGACGAUGUUAAAGAAGUUGCAUCCACGAUUGAUGGUGUACACUUCUAUUUUGUUAAGCGAUCUGCGAAUCAUGCUGCCACACUGUUGCUAGGGAAGCCGUUUCUGUGUCAGGUUGCGGGGAAUGGUUUGAUAGCCCUCCCCUUUAUCUUGUUGGUUGCCUUGCUGCUGAUUUAAUGAAUUAAGUAUCU